AUGGAAGCUAAGCAUGGGUACAAGCUUGUUGUGGGUGUGGACUACGGUACCACCUUCACAGAAAUCGCAUAUGUCCUUACAACUCAUGCAGGCGGUCAAGCAGAUAUUGACAGUAUCGAUUUUAUCAAGCAGUGGCCUCCAGAUAUUAUUGGUCAGGCCAAAACCCCAUCCCUAAUUUCAUAUAUGCAGGACGGAGGAGCCCCUCUCUGGGGCUUUGAGGUCACGCAAGAUGUACGAUCAUAUGCCUGGACGAAGCUGCUAUUGGACGCAAACUUUCCAAGUAGCAGCAAGUUCGACGAUACAUUCCUGAAGAUCGCCACUGCUUCAAAGAUUCUGGAGCUGCCUGACCAGAAGGAAGCCGUGGACACUGUGCAAGAUUAUCUUUCUCAGAUCUACACACACAUCCAGAGCUAUAUCUCCGCCGAACUGGAUCUAAGUGGAGUGCCGAUCGAUUUCUGGUUCACGACGCCGGCCAGCUGGUCCGAAGACACGCAGAACCUCAUGCGUCAAGCAAUCCAAGGAGCCGGCUUUGGAAAAAGGCCUCAACAUCGAGUGUGGACCAUACCGGAACCAGAGGCUGCAGCUCUUGCUGUUUUCAGUGACAAAAGGGUCAGUUUCAAGCCUCGUGAUGGAAUUCUGAUCUGUGACUGUGGAGGUGGUACAGUGGAUAUCACAACAUACUAUGUCACAGACGUUGAUCCGACAAUCUCCCUUGAGCAGAUCACCACCGUUAUGGGGGCUAACUGUGGUGGGACUGCUAUUGACAGUCGAUUCUAUGAACUACUGUCCACUAGAGUUGAAGGGGGAUUCGAUUCCCUAUCCCUGAGCGAGAUCCGACCAGGGAGCCGCGCCAUGAAAAAGUUUGAAAGGAUCAAGACUCAUUUCAAUAGUGCAACGAGUCAGUCUUGGCACUUUGAUUUCAACUUGAAUUCCCAGUCUCCCAGCCAAAGACGAGGACGUGUUGUUCUUCAAGCCGAAGAUGUCCGAGACCUAUACGAGCCUGUUCUGAGAAAUAUUUUCGACUUGAUUCUGUCCCAGAUCACUGCUGCAAAUGAGAAGUGUGGACGGCAUGUCAUCAAAAAAGUUGUCUUGGUUGGCGGAUUCAGCGCCUCAUCCUAUCUGCAGGAAAGCCUAGGAUCUGCCCUCAAUCGCAUCGGCAUUUCCGUGCUUAUUCCUGAGAACCCGGAGGAGGCUAUCGCUCGUGGGGCAGCAGUCCAAGGCCUUCGGGGCUACUCUCUUCCGACCUACAAGUGCUGGCGAAAUUACGGCCUCGCAUCGUUUCAAAGUUUCUCCCACCCCAAUGAACCGCAAUUCCUGGGAUAUGGGCCUAGCGCACUAUCGGUGAAUUUGCUCCCCUGUUGGGUGUUACGCAAGGACCAGAACUACCCAAAGGGAUUUCAGUCCACCCAUAGCAUCCAGGUACUUCAUUGGGAGCAUGAUCUUCUUACCAAACCCGUGGAGAUUUAUGAGUCCAAUCUCUCAGAUGCACCAGAGCGGUUUGAAAACUCCGAUGCUCAUUGCAUCGAUUAUAUUCAAUGUCACUUCGAUCACCUUGACCUUGCCUCGUUUCCUCACCGAACCAUCGCCGGACAUACCGUCUAUUACUUGGAGCUUUUGAUCCAGGUAUCUGUGUCAAUGACCGAUCGGGUGAUACAUUUCAGUGCAUUUGCAAAUGGUAAUGUAAUAGGACAAAAGGACCUGGUCAUGGCCCAUGAUUGA